UCGUUAGAUAUGUUCCGCACUUCGCACGAGAACAAAGCCAGACUAGCCAGUGAGAGAGAGAGAGAGAGAAAAAGCAGUGCCUGGAGCUAUCGCCGGCCGGAGAUCUGAGAAAAUACCAGAAGGGUCUCAGUUGAAAUGGGUUCGGGCUUCGUGGUAGGCGUCUUUGGAGCCCUAAUUCUCGCCCAUGCCGCUUAUUCAACCAUCCAAUAUAGGGGUCUGUCGAAGAUUACGGAGGACGAGUUUUCAGGACCUCCAUUGAAUGUGGUGGUUGAGUUGCUUCUAGGGUUAGUCUUCUGUAUGUGGGCGGCGCUGACUGUGCCGGGGAAGUUUCUUUCCAUACAGCCCCAUUCCGAAGAGAAUAGGAUUGUGUCUUUACCAGCCAAUUUAGACUUCAUGAUUUUCAACCAUCGAGGCAAAGUAUUUCCUUUGGAAAUGGAUUUGAAGCUCAAACAUUGAGUUCAUUUCUAUGAAGUAAAAAGGGUCUCCUUUGGGCUUUACUUGAAGAGAGAGUCAUUUUCCUGUCUCGUUGAAGUGUAAAGAGAAAAACAGUGGCACUUGGCCUAUAAGCAUGCUGUUUUCCCCUUGCUUAGUCGUUUUAGAUGAUGUCAUUGUAUCAUCUCUUUACUUUCGCAACUUAUUACAAAAAUACUUCUCUAUUGUCUACCUUGGUCUGCUAAUUUAAACUUUGGGAUUUUUUUUUUAUAA